AUGCGCCUCACUAGCAUCGCCGUCAUCUUGCAAAGCGCGAGCUUCUUCGUGUCAACAUUCGCUGCCAUCACUACGGGCCACAUAUGGGAGGUAAAUAAAGGAUUUAAUUGCGACGGUCGCGAAUUCUUUCAUGAUGAAUACAAUCAAGCAGAAAAAUCCCAAAUAUCCGAUCCUGUUAAUUAUUUAGGCUGGAAGAUGAUUAAUAUUUACCAAAAACUGUUGUCUGACGAAGAAGAUGAUAGAACGGUUGCCUUCCACGACGCUUAUGAUGGUGUCAAUCAGUUUUUCGAGCUUAUUAGAUUGUCGCAAAAACAGCGAAUUUACGAAGGCUAUUUUUUUAAUUCUUACAUACUUGUCACCAACCAAAAUAAUAAAGUGAAUGCUAUGAUAAAGAGGUCGAUAUAUUAUAUAAACAACCAACCGACCGAACCAAAACCAGAAGGAUUGUACACUAUUUGCGAAAUCACGGUUUGA